AUGCGAUACCUUGCUCUAUUUUUCAUCUUUACUACAAGUAUUGAGGGUAUACGCAGAAAAUAUGCUAAUUGCUUUUCACACACGACUCGCAAGACCCUUGAUAAUUAUCAGCCGAUUGCUGCUUUUGAGCUGGUUUCUCUACAGACUUGUAUGCUCCAGUGUAUCGAGGCUCCGCUGAAUUUUGAGAACAAGGAAUGCUUCUCGUUCACCUACGAUCGCAUCAAGCACAACUGCAAAAUCUACGAUCAUGAUGGCAAAAAGGUCCCUGCGAUCUUACUACCCGCUAUGAAUUUUGAUUUCUACAAGAAAAUUCAUGUGGGAGAGGCUUGUGGUGCGCCUCCCAAACCCCAGAUCAUCUACACGGAGCCAGAUGCCGAGCCGGAUCCGACUACAAACUUCGCCGAGCACAAGAAUUUCCAUAACAUUGAGGAGGAGCUGUUAAAGGCCACGAAAGAGCUAUUGAAUCGAAGAGCUGCAAAAGCCGCAAAGAAGAAAGAUUCCGGGCAAAUCGAAAACCCAAAAAUGAUGCCGAUAGUUCCGGGGAAAUGCGAGACUACGAACGGAUACUAUGUCGUUAUUGGAAACGAAAUUUUGUUGCCAAGUGGAUUCGAUAAAAAUGCGAUGCGAGAAUUCCCGGGAAUCGAGCAAGGGGCUUGUGCGUCAAUCUGUUCGAAGGAAGAGAGUCCGGAGGGUGACAAGUUAAAGUGUAACUCGCUAAACUACUUCCCGAUCACUCGAAAAUGUCAAAUCCUGGCCGUGCUAGCCGAACCACAUGGCGAGGGUGAACUUGUUGAGAAUGAGGACUCGAUCUAUGCGGAGAAGUUUUGUCUGCCAAAACACCCUAAUGAAUGCCAAGAGGCCGAGGUCUUCAUCCUGCACAUCGAGAAGCGUAUUAAAGGAACACCUAUGAAAGAAAAGCUCUCUCAAAGCAUUACGCAGUGUUUGGAGGCUUGUCUGAAUGAGGAUGGGUGUGCUACCUCGGUAUUCGAUUCUGCCCGAGGUCGCUGUUUACUACAUACACAACAAGUCGGCAGAGACCUUGGAAUUACCGAAAACACCUCGGGAUUUGUGUUGAUAGAAAACGGAUGCUAUGGCAAAGGGAAAAGGAACACGGAGAAGGUAGAGUCUCCUCGAGAUCCAAUUGAGUGGAGCCCAUGGUCUGACUGUCAAUUCAAGCUCAACGGAAAGGCAAUCAGGAGUCGCACUCGAGACUGCGAAGACUGCGAAGAUUUCCAAUACGAGGAGUGUCAA